AUGUCUUCUGAUAGUGGUACUUGGGCUGGUACUGGUGCUAGUACUGGUGCUACUAGCACUGGCGCUAGUACUGGCGUUGCUGCUGUCAAUAGCAGUGCAAACAACAAUAAGAAACAGAAGAUGUCUCCUCCCUUUGAUUCUCUUCUGUUGGACAAGAACGAGAUUUGGAUCCAAGGUAUUCUUCCCCUUGUUGGUGUUGGACAGUACGCUUUUGUAGGGGCUGUCAACAAGAAGAUGAAUCAACUAUACAAAGAGUAUUGCAAAAUGGAACUUGAGAAAAAUCCUGGGAAGGUAAAAAUUAACCCGGAGCAAGACCCAAAUCAUUACAACAGUCACCCAGCAGAAAGCACUGAUACCCUUUACAGCGAAACAUUCUCUAACGAGCAGCGCGCAGAAUUCUGGCUCAAAGACAAUUCCAACCAUAAAUCACCUGCUCGUGCUCAUGUUUGCACAGCAAUUGCCAAAAUUGGAAAUCUUACUGUCAUGAAAUGGGCACGACAAAAAGGAUUCCCAUGGAAUGAGCAGACCUGUGCUGGAGCUGCUAAAAAUGGCCAUUUGAAAAUGCUCCAAUGGUUAAGAGAGAAUGGUUGUCCUUGGAAUGCAUCAACAUGUGCUUGUGCUGCUCGAAAUGGCCAUUUGGAAAUUCUGAAAUGGGCUCGUGAAAAUGGUUGUCCAUGGAAUGCAGAGACAUGUGCCCGUGCUGCUGAAGGUGGCCAUUUGCAAAUUUUAAAGUGGGCUCGUGAAAAUAGGUGUCGAUGGGAUUCAUGUACAUGUUCCUGUGCUGCUGGAGGUGGCCAUUUGGAUACUCUCAAGUGGGCUCGAGAAAAUGGGUGUCCAUGGAAUCGAUCGACAUGUGCCUUUGCUGCUUCAAAUGGCCAUUUGGAAACUCUAAAGUGGGUUCGUGAAAAUGGUUGUCGAUGGGAUGAAGAGACAUGUGCAGAAGCUGCAAGAGGUGGUCACCUUGAUGUGCUCAAGUGGGCGCAUGAAAAUGGUUGUCCGUGGAAUAAGAGGACAUGUGCCUUUGCUGCUUCAAGUGGACAUUUGGAAGCUCUCCAAUGGUUGCAUGAAAAUGGGUGUCCGUGGGAUGAGUGGACAUGUACCUUUGCUGCCGAAGAUGGACACUGGGAACUCUUAAAGUGGGCUUUUGCAAAUGGUUGUCCAUGUGAUGAAGAUGCAUGUGCCAAUGUUGCUGGACAUGGCAAUUUGGAACUGUUGAAAUGUGCUCGUGAAAAUGAUUGUCUAUGGGAUGCAGAUACAUGCUCAAGUGCUGCUCUAAAUGGCCAUUUGGAAGUUUUGAAGUGGGCUCGCGAAAAUGGUUGUCCAUGGGAUGAAGCGACGUGUACCUUUGCUGCUAAAGGCGGCCAUUUAGAAGUUUUGAAGUGGGCUCGUGGAAAUGGGUGUCCAUGGGACGAAGCUACAUAUCAAGCUGCCAUUUUGAAUGACCAAAGGGAAGUGAUCCAGUGGCUACAUGUCAAUGGCUGCCCCGGAUCUCACAAUAAUGAAGGGCACUAA